UUAAGUCCCCCAGCAGUCUAUGUCUAUUGCAGCUUAACUACGAGAUGGUUCCUGUGACUAACAAUCAUUGCCAGUGACCUGAACCAUCUCUAACUAUAAACUUUAUCAAAAAGGAAGGUUUUAAGCCUGAUCUAAAAGGUAGAGAGUGUGUCAGCUUCUCGAAUACAGAUCAUCCAGUACAUCUUAUCACUUUCUACACCUGUUUGAGACCAGUUAAAUCAGUAAUAUGCUGUCUUCACAUUGCCAAAAAGUGAUUACAGCCAAUAUCUUUUGACAAGAAGCCCAUUUCUUCCUCAUUUCAACUUCAUUAAGUUAAAAUGACAGGUUUAAUAAACAUUCAGCUCACUUGACCAGUGUCUACUUGUCAGAGACCAGUACAACCAGUAGAAUGCUGUGUUCACGUUGCCAACAAGUGAUUACAGCCUAUAUCUUUUGACAAGAAGCCUACUUCUUCCUCAUUUUAACUUUAAAUGUGUUCUUGUCAGGUUCUGGUUUUGUUUUCAGUUUUAUUUUGAAAGUUCUGCGUUUUCAUCCAUCUUGUCAUGUUCUAGUUCCGCUUUUAUUUUGAAAAACUUCGUUGUCACGUUGUUAGUUCCAGUUUCAUUUCCUGUUUUAGUUUGAAAGGACUUCCUGUUUACCGCAUGUCAUUACCGGUUCCCAUUAUCCACACCUGCAGUUCAUUAGUAAUCAGUUCACCGUGUAUUUAAGCACCACCUCGCCAGAUUGUCGAGUCCCAGUACCACAUUCCAGCGUUUCCGUAUAGCGAAACUUGUUGCACGAUCCUGUCCGUACCUGACCGCCGAUUCUUGCCAACACCCCGUCUGUACCUUCGCCUGGAUCUACUGUUGUUGCAGGUAUCUAGCCUAGAAGUCUUGUCAGCUGGUGCUGGGGACUUCUAGGGCGAAGAGUCCAAGUCAUCCCACCUUCCCUGGUCUGGAUCAGUUGACAGAUCUGUUCUAUAGUGGUUUUGUCUGAUGGAGGCCAAGCGAUGCAGCCCACGAUGGAAGCCUUUCUCAAAUUUAAAAUACAGCAGGAGAUGCUUGAGUCUGAUCCCAGAAGACAAUGAGACAGAGAGAGACAGAGCAGCAUCACACAAAAGUGUCACCAUGGCGCAGAUUUCCAGAUGUGUGUGGGACAGGCGAUAUGUGACCAGAAAGCCUCAGUUGUGUUCGGACCAGCAGACAUGUAUCUCAGACAUGUAUCAUGUAAAGAAGAGAGAUCCGCCACAGCACACAAGGGAGAGUGGUCAGUCAGGCCUGAGCAGAAGCCAACAUACUGAUGAGGAGCUUCUGACCAAGUCAAGAGAAGAGCUUCCUGUAAACGGCUUCAGCUUUUCUCACAGAGAUACCUCGCCUCCUUCAGACUCUACUAAAGGCCACCACUCACCAGAGUUCAUUAACAGUUUGGGUUAUGAAGGACCUACUUUAGGAUCAUGUUUCUCUAGCAGCAGAUCAAGCUCCAUCCAGGAGCUCCAAAGACUAAAGCCAAAGGUGGCCUCCACUCACCUGUAUCUGCACUGCAUCCCCUGCCCAGGAUACUCCAGCCCUGAGCAGCCUCAGCUCAUGCUUGGAGGGACUGAAGGGAGAGGAGAGAAGGAGACCAAACUAUUGUCUCAUACAGAACACUCAAGGAGGCAAACCAUGACUCCCUGUCAGCUCACCUACUGGGACUGCGCUAUCCCUAAAGGUUUACCUCCGUCUCCUGACAGACUCUCCUCAGACUGGAAUCCAAACAGGGAAUACCAGGCCAUGCUGGACUACACCUACCCUCUGAAACCGGGACUGUGUGCAUAUGCUUGGGACAGCUCAGAACUCCAGGAAAACUCAGUCUUGCAAACAGACCUCCAGGACUCAGGAAUUGACCUGGAACACCUCUGUAGCUCCACCAACCUCUCAGGGUUGGACUUUUCUGUGAGCAGCAUUGCAGAGUCCAAAGACAGAAGUCCUCUUGGUGCAGGUGAUGGGUCCCCUGACCUGCCAAGCGUCACCAGAUCCACAGAUGACAUGGCCUCCAGCACACCACUCUCACUAAAAGCCCCAGUGGGUUUGUCCCCGGACGGUAACAAAAGAGGUGGACGGAAUCAUGAUGGGGGUGUUGGUCGGCUUCAUCAGAACAAUUUCCUGACAUCUCACUCUGACAUUUUUGCUUCCAUUGCUUAUAACUGCUCCACCAGUGUCCUCCCUCUGUCCAGGUGUCUAGACAGGGAAAUGGAUGAAGAGUUCUGGCCUCUUCCAGGGAAGCUGGAGGACCCACAGCUGCUCUCCAAACAGGUGCGGGAAGUGAUGGUGCGGUUGAGCCAGCCUGUUGGAGAACCACUAACCACAUCCAUCCUCUCCUCCAUUAUCGUGCUUGACAAACGGGAGGCUGAGGAACUAACGCAUGAUGUGGCCUGUGCCAAACACACAGCAGCUACUCCCCGGACAUGUGGAGCUUCAGGGGAGCCUGCUGGAGAAAGGCCCAGUCUCAGAGAGGUGGAGCAGUUGACCGAGCAGCUGUAUGGCCUCACUCUAGCUUACAGCCAGAGGAGGAGGCCAGAGGAGCGGCAGCAAAGUGACUCCCUGUUGCGACACAUUCAGGUGUUCUGUUCCCACCUAGAGCAGCUCAUCCAGCAGCUGUACACCGUGUCAGAGAAGAUGGAGCUGCUGUCUGCUGCCAGUGUGGACAUUGACAGCGUGAGGUCACGUCUGACUGAGUAUCAGAGUUUUCAGAGAGAAGUGAGCAGCCACCAGCCGCUGAUGUCACGCGUCCUUCAAACUGGACAGCUCCUGCUCGACUGUAUGGACACCAUGUCUCCACUUUUAAGUGAUGCGCUGCUGUUGAUUGAGCAGCAGUCCAAAGCUUUGCAGACCCACACUGAGCACCUCCUGUCGUCCAUCCUGUCGUCCCCUGACCCAGCCCAAGCAGCUCUCGACAGUGGGGAGGUGCUGAGAUGAUGAGCCACAGCCUCUGGAGGUGUUGGCUUCCACGAUAUGAACACUCUGACUUACUGUCACUUUUUAUAUUUGUCAAGAUUUCAAUGACUGUAAUCACAGGCGUGCACAUAAUUAGUCUAGUAACAAAGAGAGACAAAUGCCUCCAUAGCCGGGAUAAUGUGAAUGAUUCAUACACUUGUCUAAGGAUUCAGAGGUUUCAGCAAAUAGAAAAAUCAUUUCCAAAUGGGUUAUUGAUUUUAGAUUAAAAUACUAAAAGUAAAACUACUGUAACUAACCAAUAAAACAACUCAUUCUUUGGAUGAAGAUGAGAGUAAAUUCUAAUUCCUAUCAGUUAUGAUCUGCUGCUCAGUCAACUGGACUUGGUUACCUUAUCAUAAAAACAUCUUGGUUUCCUUAGACCGGUUUAGGCCCCUAGAAGUUUAACCUCCGUGGGCUCAGGAUUUUGUUGGAACAUUAGAGACAUGCUUUAACAAACAAGGAGCUCAGGCUUCAUGCCAUACUUAACUGUACAGUUCAUGAGCAAAUGACCGUGACCUUGUGAACUCAAUGACAACGUGUUGAAGGCUUCACAGCACAGGGGUUACAUGACUGGGGCUUUAAAACUGUCAGAAGUAAAUAGCUUGAGGUGAGAUGUAACAUGUCUGUGAGAGAGUGACCUGGUGCUUUAAAUCCAGUUCAUUAGCAUAUUUAUUAUCAGUGUGUUAACCUUGACCAGAUUGCCUAAGAACAUUCACAUUUCUUUUAUAUAUAUAUAAAAACAACAACUCCCUUCUCACCCUACGUGGGUGGUCUCAUCCACUUUCCAAGCUCAGGUCCUCUACCAGAGCCCAGAGAGCUUGAGGGUUCUGCGCAGUAUCCUUGCUGUUCCUAGGACUGCACUUUUCUUGACUGAGAUUUCGGGUGUUUUUCCAGGGAUCUGUUGUAGCCACUCCUCCAGUUUGGGGGUCACUGCCCCUAGUGCUCCAAUCACCACAGGCACCACUGUGGCCUUCACCUUCCAAGCCUUCUCCAGUUCUUCUCUGAGCCCUUGGUAUUUCUCUAGUUUCUCAUGUUCCUUUUUCCUGAUGUUGCCAUCGCUUGGUAUUGCCACAUCCACCACUAUGGCUUUCCUCUGUUCUUUGUCCACCACCACAAUGUCUGGUUGGUUCGCCAUUACCUUUCUUUCUGUCCGUAUCUGGAAGUCCCACAGGAUCUUGGCUUGCUCGUUCUCUACCACCUUGGGAGGUGUUUCCCACUUUGACCUUGGGGUUUCCAGUCCAUACUCUGCGCAGAUGUUCCUGUAUACUAUGCCAGCCACUUGGUUAUGGCGUUCCAUGUAUGCUUUCCCUGCCAGCAUCUUACACCCUGCAGUUAUGUGCUGGACCGUCUCAGGGGCCUCUUUGCACAGUCUACACCUUGGGUCUUGUCUGGUGUGGUAGAUCUGGGCCUCUAUGGCUCUGGUGCUCAGGGCCUGCUCCUGUGCAGCCAGGAUGAGUGCCUCUGUGCUGUCCUUCAGCCCGGCCCGUUCAAGCCAUUGGUAGGAUUUGUUGAGAUCAGCCACUUCAGUUAUGUUCCGGUGGUACAUCCCGUGUAAGGGCUUGUCCUCCCAUGAUGGUCCCUCUUCCAGCAUCUCAUCCUCUGUUCUCCACUGCCUGAGACAUUCACUCAGCACGUCAUCUGUCGGGGCCUUAUCCUUGAUGUACUUAUGGAUCUUGGAUGUUUCAUCCUGGAUAGUGGCUCUCACGCUCACUAGUCCUCGGCCUCCUUCCUUGCGGCUAGCGUACAGUCUCAGGGUGCUGGAUUUGGGGUGGAACCCUCCAUGCAUAGUGAGGAGCUUUCGUGUCUUAACAUCUGUGGUCUGUAUCUCUUCCUUUGGCCACCUUAUUAUUCCCGCAGGGUAUCUGAUCACUGGCAGGGCGUAGCUGUUUAUUGCCCGGGAUUUGUUCUUGCCAUUGAGCUGGCUACUUAGGACUUGCCUUACUCGUUCGAGGUAUUUGGCUGUUGCCGCAUUCCUUGUUGCCUGUUCAAGGUUGCCGUUUGCCUGUGGUAUUCCAAGGUACUUGUAAUUGUCCUCAAUGUCUGCUAUUGUUCCUUCUGGGAGUGAGACCCCUUCUGUGUGGAUUACCUUGCCUCUCUUUGUCACCAUCCUCCCACAUUUCUCAAGCCCGAAUGACAUCCUGAUGUCUGAGCUGUAGAUCCUGGUGGUGUGGAUCAGCGAGUCGAUGUCUCGCUCAUUCUUAGCGUACAGCUUGAUGUCAUCCAUGUAGAGGAGGUGACUUAUGGUGGCCCCGUUCCGGAGUCGGUAUCCAUAGCCAGUCUUGUUUAUUAUUUGGCUGAGGGGGGUUCAAACCUAUGCAGAACAGCAGUGGGGACAGUGCAUCUCCUUGGUAUAUGCCAGAUUUGAUGGAUACUUGGGCAAGUGGCUUCCCAUUGGCUUCAAGGGUGGUUCUCCACAACCUCAUCAAGUUUGCAAUGAAGGCCCUUAGAGUUAUAUUGAUGUUGUACAGCUCCAAGCAUUCAGUGAUCCAUGUGUGUGGCAUUGAGUCAUAGGCUUUCUUGUAGUCAAUCCAGGCUGUGCACAGGUUGGUGUGUCGCAUUCUGCAGUCUUCGGCGACUGUUCUGUCUACCAGGAGUUGGUGUUUGGCUCCUCUGGUAUCCUUACCAAUGCCCUUCUGUGCUUCACUCAUGUAUUGACCCAUGUGCCCACUUAUCUUAGCUGCGAUGAUGCCUGACAUGAGCUUCCAUGUUGUGGAGAGACAGGUUAUUGGCCGGUAGUUGGAUGGGACUAUACCCUUUGAGAAAUCCUUCAUUAUCAUUAUCAUUAAAUGGAUGAGACCCCCAGCGGAGGGUGAGAAUAGAGUCUUAUAUAAAAACUUCAUUCUCACCCUCCGCGGGUGGUCUCAACCGUUUUCCAACCUCUGGUCCUCUACCAGAGGCCAGGAAGCUUGAGGGUUCUGCGCAGUAUCCUUGCUGUUCCUAGGACUGCACUUUUCUGGACUGAGAUGUCGGAUGUUUUUCCAGGGAUCUGUUGUAGCCACUCCUCCAGUUUGGGGGUCACAGCCCCCAGCUCUCCGAUCACCACAGGCACCACUAUGGCCUUCACCUUCCAAGCCUUCUCCAGUUCUUGGAGAGUUGUUGGGAACUAAAUGUCAUCAUUUAUAUAAACAUCACACAUCCAGGACAUACAGCCCAACAUAUACACACCCUUUAGUCCCAUCUUCAUUUGAUGUCAUGAAUUAAGUGUUCCGUACGUACUAAAUGUACUGUAUGUCUUUGUUUGGAUGGACUCGCACAUCAGAAACUAUAAUUUAUCAAAGUGACUAACUGUUGUGUAAAAAUUCAUAAAGUUUAUAAAGUAAUUACUGUUGAGAUUCCAGGAGACAAUGUUACAAAAAAUAUGGCACCUGCUGUUACAACAGCACCCAACAGCACCCACUGUGGCAGGUGUGGAUAAUAGCACUCACGGGGUCAUGUGUGUAAGGAGGAGACCCUGUUAUGCAACAGAAGUGUAGUAGCACCAAGACCAUUAAAACUACAGUGUGUUUUACUGACCUAGAUAAGGCAGGUGGGAGGAGUGCAGCUUCUGCUGCAAGCUCCUGACCUACAGUAACCUGACCUUGGGAAAGUGAAGGUUUGGAGGGGAGCUGCCCCGCCCGGGGAGAAAAGGGCAGAGCAACAAGUGUCUUCACUUUGUUUGGGAUUAUGAUUGGGUAAAAAUAUAAUAAAAUAAUGGUCAAAAACACCCUAAAAGGUCAAGAUGAUGAUCUAACGUCCGGGGAGCUGAAUCCCACCCCGUGAGCAACAGGUAUAUAAGGUGAUGUUGUGACCGAAAAUCCUCAGUCUGUCUUGUCUUCUGUCACUUUUCUGUGGAAUAAACGCUUUGUCGACCCUGGA